AUGUCGUUGUUUCGCAAACCAAAGAAAAUUCAGAGACGCGUUUUCUGCGCGGAUGAUGACGAGGACGGCGAUCCGGAGCCACCGCCACCUCCAAUCAUCAGUCAAAAAAAGGAAAACAAACCUAUCAAAAAUACUCCACUUUUAAGUUUUGCCGAUGAAGAAGACGAUGGAGAAGUUUUCAAAGUAAAGAAAUCAUCACAAAGCAAGAGGCUUGCUAAACGACGGGAGAAGGAGAAACGUCGUGUCCCUGAUGGUGAUAUUAACAAAUAUGACAAUAACAUAACUGAGGAAACGCCAGAGACAGAAGAUGCAGAAGAGAAGCAAAAAUCAAAGAAAAAAGUCACACUUGAGGGACUUAUUUUAUCCGGCCGUGAAGCUUUAGCCGCCGAUGGGGCCGGUGAUAUCUCGGAUGACGAUGCGGAGGAAGAAGACGAGGAUAGUAGGGGGUUCCAUCGAUACCGCGCGGAGUCAGUUCGCGCGGCGCUCGCGCAGCCGGGGCACAUCCCCGACGCGGCGCUCAUCCAUGCGGCGCGCAAGACUCGACAGCAGGCGCGUGAGCUAGGCGAUUUCGUUCCGAUACAGUCUGAAGCUACUCCUGGCUCGCGGCUCAUACGUGAUGAUGGUUCUGGUGAUGAUGAAGACGAAGAUGGCAGGAUACAAGUUCGCGGCUUAGAAUUACCUAGUGAUAAGCCCAAACGCGGCACAGCUGCGGCAGCCUCUGAAGAAGAGCUUGACAGUGAAGCUGAUGAAUGGGAAGAGCAGCAAAUGCAGAAAGCAAUGCCUGCUAUCACAGAUAUUACAGACGAAGGCAACGUGGAGCUCAACCCAUUCGCGGUGGCGCCGCCACAGCCAUGUCUGACAGAGGCGCCGGCGCACUUACGCUCAUUAGUCGGGCCCGGCAGAGCUCCGCCUUCCACUGCUCAAGAACUACUGGAUGCGCUUAAGACACGGGUGGAGGAGCUGCGGCAGGAGCGCGCCAGCACGGCCCGGCAGCGCGAGGAGUGGCGCGAGCGGCUGCUGCGCGCGGCGCGCGUGCGCGAGGCGCGGGCCGCGCGCCGCCCGCGCCUGGCCGCCGCCUACCGCCGCGCGCAGGCCGCCCGCGGCUACAUCACCGACCUCGUCGAGUGCCUGGACGAGAAGAUGCCGCAACUAGAAGCAUUAGAAGCAAGGGCACUGGCGAUGCAUCGACGUCGUUGCGAGUUUCUCGUGGAGCGACGCCGGGCUGAUGUCCGCGAUCAAGCACAAGACGUAUUGGCUCUCUCCGCGCGUCCGGGAGCCGCCAAGCCCGUGGAGAGCGAGGAGAAAACGCGGCGCGCGGCGGAGCGCGAGGGGCGGCGGCGCGCGCGCCGGCUGCGGCGCGAGGCGGGGGCCGCCGCCGCCGGCGCGCCGCCCGCGCACCGCGACGGCGACUCCAGCGACGACUCGCUGCCGCCCGCCGAGCGCCAGCACUUCGCGCACGAGGCCGAGGCGAUCAGGCGGAUGUCGGCGGGUCUGUUUGCGGAUGCGCUGGCGGCGUGGCGGGGAGUGCGCGGCGUGUGCGCGCGGGCUGCUCGCUGGCGGCGCCGCCAGCCCGCGCUCUACAGCGACGCGUACGUCGCGGACUGCCUGCCGCGCCUGCUGGCGCCCUACGUGCGACACGAGUUAAUCCUGUGGAAUCCACUAGCUGACGAAGAUAAUGAAGAUUAUGAAAAGAUGGACUGGUACAAAUGCCUCAUGAUGUACGGGGUCCGUUCGGAGAAACUUUCCAGCGAUUCCGACGAGUCUUCAGAUGAUGAAGAUGCGGAAGUGCCGGUGUUGAGCGAAGACGCGAUCAGAGAAGAUCCGGAUUUGUUCCUCGUGCCGACUAUUGUGAACAAGGUUGUGUUGCCCAAAGUCACAGAGUUGGUGGAGCAGGCGUGGGAUCCGAUGAGCGUGCGCGCCUGCGUGCGGCUGCGGCGCGUGCUGGAGCGCGGCGCCUCGCUGCCGGGCGCGGCGGGGGGCGGCGGCGGGGCGGGGGCAGGCACGGCCGGGGGAGGGGGCGCGCUGCGUCGCCUCGCCGCCGCGGCGCGCGCCCGCCUCCAGGCCGCGCUCAACGCAGACGUCUUCCUGCCCGCGCUGCCUCCACAGGUGGUGGAGGGCGCGGGCGGCGUGUUCUGGCGGCGCUGCCUGGGCGCCGGCGUGCGCCUGCUGCGCGCCGCGCUGGCGCUGUGCGCGCCGCCGCCCACGCUCAACGCGGACGCGCUCGUGCUCUCACUCAUCGAGACGCUAUGCUGCGCGGCUGGUGCGGCACCCGGGCCGCAGAUGGCGGCGGCUGCAGCUGCCCUGGCGGAGACGCUGCCCCGCGCCGGCACGCUGCGGGCCGCCGCGCUGCAGCGUGUGGCGCGCCUGGCGCAGCUGGCGCUCAGCCGGCUGCACAGCGACAACCCGCUGCACCUGAAAGCGCUGGAGCAAGCACGUGGGGUCCUUGCGGAGGCGCGAGCGGCCGAAUGA